AUGUAUAGAACACACCCUAUCAGUCGGGCUGGCAAUGCCCUGGCUCUUACCCUAGGAAGCAUUGGACGAAAGAUGACUACGGCUGUGACACAGUCGACGCUUGUUGGCAUGACGGGCGGCCAGAUCUUUCACGAGAUGAUGCGAAGACACGGUGUCAAACAUAUCUUUGGAUACCCUGGUGGAACUAUUCUUCCGGUCUUCGACGCCAUCUACAAUUCCAAGUAUUUCGAUUUCAUCCUUCCUAAGCACGAACAAGGGGCAGGGCAUAUGGCCGAGGGGUAUGCAAGGGCGUCAGGGAAGCCAGGUAUCGUUCUGGUCACCUCCGGACCCGGUGCCACCAAUGUCGUUACCCCGAUGCAGGAUGCUCUGUCCGAUGGGACGCCGAUGAUCGUCUUCAGCGGCCAGGUCGUGACCACGGCGAUCGGCAGCGAUGCGUUCCAGGAAGCUGAUAUUCUCGGUAUAUCGCGCGGUUGCACAAAAUGGAACGUCAUGGUACGCAACGUUGCUGAGCUACCUCAGAGAAUCAAUGAGGCUUUUGAGAUUGCGACGAGUGGCAGACCGGGCCCGGUUCUUGUGGAUCUACCCAAGGACGUAACAGCGGGUAUACUAAGAAAGGCCACCCCUACCGGGCCAGCGAUACCUCGCAUAGCGACCUACGCAAACACCGACGCGAACCAAACGUUACUCACCAAGUCGAUCGCCAAUGUCGCCAGGUUGAUUAACACCGCGAAGAAACCCGUCAUCUAUGCAGGACAAGGUGCGAUUCAGUCCCCGGGCGGACCUCGGGUGCUCCAGGAACUUGCAGAAAAGGCGUCCAUACCGGUCACGACAACUCUGCAAGGCCUUGGAGCCUUCGACGAACUGAACGAGAAGUCCUUGCAUAUGCUGGGCAUGCACGGCGCCGCCUAUGCCAACAUGGCUAUGCAGGAAGCCGAUCUUAUUAUAGCACUGGGGGCACGGUUCGACGAUAGAGUGACACUAAACAUCGCCAAGUUUGCACCUACAGCAAGGGCGGCAGCGGCAAAGGGUCUUGGGGGUAUUGUACAGUUUGAGGUGCUACCCAAAAAUAUCAACAAGGUGGUUCAGUCCACUGAGGCUGUUGUCGGGGAUCUCACGGAGAAUUUGACCCACCUACUCCCCCUUUUGAGAAGGACCAGCAUGACUGAGAGGCAAGAAUGGUUUCAACAAAUCAACGCGUGGAAAGCAAAGUGGCCGUGGAGUGCUUACAAUCGUGAUGAUCGACCACAUUCAAUUAAACCCCAGUAUGUAAUUGAGGAGCUGAGUAAGCUCACUGCAGAUCGCAAGCAGGAGACCAUCAUUACUACCGGGGUUGGCCAACAUCAGAUGUGGACUGCCCAGCACUUCCGUUGGCGUUAUCCCCGUAGUAUGAUCACCUCUGGGGGUCUUGGUACGAUGGGUUUUGGCCUUCCCGCUGCUAUCGGCGCCAAGGUAGCGCGUCCAGAUGCGCUUGUGAUUGAUAUCGAUGGGGACGCAUCGUUUAGCAUGACCUUGACAGAACUGACCACCGCCAGUCAAUUCAAUAUCGGGGUCAAGGUCAUCGUUCUAAACAACGAGGAGCAAGGAAUGGUGACCCAGUGGCAAAAUCUAUUCUACGAGGAUCGAUACUCGCACACACACCAACGUAAUCCAGACUUCAUGGGCCUGGCAGGGGCAAUGCACGUUGAACAUCGACGUGUCAGCAAACCCGAAGACGUCGUUGACUCGCUCAAGUGGCUUAUCCACACGGAAGGCCCCGCUCUCCUAGAGGUUAUCACCGACAAGAAGGUACCAGUGCUGCCAAUGGUUCCAGCGGGUUCAGGGCUGCAUGAGUUCAUUACAUGGGACGCACAUAAAGACAAGGAGAGAAGAAGUCUGAUGCAGGACAGAACAUGCGGGCUGCACGGAUAA